GUUUGUAAAUUCGUUAAUUAUUUUUUAGUAUAAAAGGCUUUAUCGACCAUCAGGUUGACAUCAUUCAGUUCUCCACCUUCAAACCAUUGAAGUCCUCAAACUAGAAACAAACAAAAAACAUAAAAAUGGCAUUUAAGUUUAUCGUUGCCCUUGCCUUUGUUGCCGUUGCCAGUGCCGGACUUGUUCCAGCUACCCAAUUAUACCAUGCUGCCCAACCAGUUCUGGCCAAGUCUGAGGACGCCAAUGACCCCCACCCACAGUACCAGUUUUCUUAUUCCGUCAACGAUGCUCUGACCGGUGACGUUAAGAGUCAAACUGAGACUCGUGAUGGGGACCUCGUCCAAGGGGAGUACUCAUUGAAUGAUGCUGAUGGCUACAAGCGUACUGUCCAAUACUCUUCCGAUGCUGUCAAUGGAUUCAACGCUAUUGUAAACCGUGAACCUCUCGGACAAAUUGUCAAGGCUGCUCCUGUUGCUGCUGCUCCAGUUUCCUAUGCUGCACCAACUUUAGUUAAAUCAGCACCUUUGGCUUACGCUGCUGCACCUGCACUCAUCAAAUCUGCACCUUUGGCUUAUGCUGCUGCACCAACUUUGGUUCGAUCAGCUCCUCUUGGUUAUUCUGCUCCAGCAACAUACACUCAGGCGUACACCCAUGCUGCAGCACCAACUUUGAUCAGAUCCUCACCAAUUGCCUACUCCCAUGGACCAGCAGUUUACACCACCCAGAGUCUGGUAAAAUCAAGCCCAAUUGCCUAUGCAGCAGCACCAGCAUACGCUACUGGCCCAGUUUAUGCUUACCAUCAUUAAGUUAGUGUUGAGCCCUUUUCCUAUUGUUGUAUAUGAUCUAACGCUGUGUUUAAUAUUGAGUUUGCAUAUAUUAUUGUUUUUUCUCACGAAAAAUAAAUAAAUCUGUAAAAACGAAAA